AUGGGUUUCAUCACCGUCAUGGCUGUUAGCAUUGGUCUCAUUGCCCUGGCAUGGUCACUACCAUAUUCACAGCUGGAUCCCCAACUCGAUGAUGCCACAGUUGAUAACCUGUCUGGUCUUCCCGAACGCCAGAGAAUCGUAGAGCAUCCGUUCAUGCACCUUCCUCUUCAUGGUCGGAUCCCGGACUCGGCCCUGUUGUUCCUGAAGUGA